AUGGCUGUAUUCCUUUCCUUUUUUCACAUCAUAUACACGUUCUUUGUCAACAUCUACACACUCAUUUCAUCUCCCAAAUCUCGCCUCAACGCCGUCACACCUUUUUUCGCUGACUUGGAAUGUGGAACAAACCUUCGAGAAACACCACUAAGUGUUCCCAAUGGUGCUAAUGCCCCUCGUGAUUACAAUGAAGGACCCCUUGUUCCUCAAAUUUGUCCCAGUUCCCCUCCUCCAGCCGCUCCCUCUCAAAUGCCUCUCCCGCCCCUUCAACGAUUCGUGUUCCCUAACUAUCCCGUUCUUUGCAGCAACAAAAGUUCACACAGCAUUUGCUCUGUCGCUGCUUCUCCGGUCAAGACCCUGACAGAAAGACCAGCAUCCUCAUGUUCAACUUCAACCAAUAGCGACGUUCGCUCUGUACUGUCUUCUGCUUGUUCUUCGCAUCCUUAUGUCACGCCGCCUGUCAAGAAGACACAUAAGAAACAAAGCCCGAUUGUUUGGUUCAGAGAUAUAUCUUCGACUUCCUCGGUAAAUAGCAUACAAUCAACCAGUCAUUCAAAUUUUCGUCGUCAUCGCUCAAUUCAUCGCCACUCCUUGCAAAACAUCAAGCAUAAUCCUUGCAUGAGCUAUAAGCAUCAUUCUGCUCGUUUGUCCAAGGUUGCCCGUCAAACUUCUCGACCUCUUUCUGAAGAUCCGGUAUCGAUUGUCAGGAAGGUGUUCGUCGAAUGUGGUAGCGAAGUGGAUACCGAAGGAGGAGGUGCUAGAGCCCGUCUUAUGAACAGGCAGACCGCUCGAUCAUUUGGCGGGAUGGAGAUUGUUGACGAAGAAGAAGAGGAAAAAGAGCAAUCUUUCUCUGAACCCUGCAUCCAAGAAACGUCGCAGGAUCAAUCCAUAAUAAGCUCUUACUCAACACCUAAUUCUACCGGUCCUCCCACUCCUGCUUCGUACUGCUUUUCUCCUGUUGCAGAAAUCAGUGCGCGCGCGCUUGAGGCAAACAAUGUCGAAAUUCUCGUGCCAAGUAAUACGCAGUUACCUUACCUGCGAAACCAGACAUCCGCACCUCUUCAAAGCUUAGGAAUCACCCUGCCAUCUACUGAUACCCUUUCGGACAAACUCCAAGAUCAAACACUCCCGUCAAGACUAUCAAAGUUAUAUGCGGAUCAUCGAGUGUCGGUUGUAACUUGGUCAGACUUGGUGUCGUUCUCGAGCUAUGGGCUGGACAUGAUAGACGACCAUGGUCAGGCAGAGAAGGGGAAAUUUCACGAUGAUUCUUCCAUCUAUUACGACGAAAGCUGGAACGAGGACAGAAGCCUCGAAGAAUUUGACGGCAAUCAAGACCUAGUCACAAAUUCCUUGGAGGACUCCGGUAUUGAUUUGACAGCAGUUCUGGAUUCGAUGAGUAUACUGGUUGGGCAGGGUCUUGAUGCUAGGCUCCUAUUGUCACCUCCAAGGCAGUUCUGUAGCACGUUUACGACCUGA